AUGUCGACCCCGAAUCCUCGUGGCCGUCGGUCAUUGCGCAAUUCGGGUGCUGGGACUCAUACCCCGUCUGGAGAUACUAAAGUGACUGGGCUGCAGCGACUUCCGAGCCAUACACGAUACCCACUCACACCCAGCCGCCUUGUCACUACAGCUACUCCAUCCGCCCAAAGAUCUGCAUCUCGAUUUACCCCCCGGGCGCGGGUCACAGGGGCUCCAGCAACACCGUAUGGACUUCGCGCACGGCAGCAACGUGCUACGAAUACUCCUGGUCGUGACCGCCGACGAAGUGGCAAGAUGCAGCGUGAGACCACGUUUGAUAUCCUAAGGAAUCUGGGCAGAGCGCUGGCGCCGGUCUCUCGCCCAAUUCAAUCAUCGCCACAAGAAGAACCCCAACCCGUUGAAGAGCUCAAGGAUGAAAUUGAAGAGCUUGACAAUGAGCCGGUGAUUGAGCCGCCACGGCUUUCUUUGCCUAUUCAGGAGAGCGAGGACGGGAGCGAGGAAGCGGGCUCCGAGACGCCGCCACCUCGCAUGUCUUUAGCUUUUGAUGAUGAUGAUAUCACAUAUCGAUCUGUGGAAUACCCUCGAGACCUUGCCAUUCGAGACCGGGAACGACUUUCUAUGAUGCCUGGUGCUGGGAGGCCUAGUGAAAAUUUCGGGGGUAUACAGCUGGAAAGUGACUCUGAUGACGGAGAUCGUACGGGUAUCGUGGGUGAUUAUGAUGGCCACGAGGAUACGAUGGUUAGUGGGGGCGAUUUUGAGCAAGGUGGAGAGACGGAGGAUCUCGGUCGGUUCCAUUUUGACCUCGACUUUCCAUCUCCGCCUCCAGCGGCAAUCGAUGACCCAGAUGAUGAGCAUUUAGGCGACAUGGACGGAUUCGAGCUGUCUGCACCAGACAUUCAGCCCAUUGCCCGCUCACUUUCAUCAGAUGAUGAUGCUGGUGGUGAUUUUAUGGGCUUUGACGGCUUCGAUGUUGCACAGCCUGCUUCCAGAAGCCAGAGCCCCGGUAUGAUUGGGGGCGGCUUGCGAGACGAGGGACUGCCAGUGCAAAGCAAGGAAAAGAAGCUUUCUCGAUAUGGAAUUCCUGUUCCCAACUUACCUACUGGUGUAGUCAAGAAGCUAGCGACACGUUUUGCGCGCACAAAGGCCGGAUCAAAAACCAGACUCGACAAAGCUGCAAUGGCUGCCAUAGAGCAGGCGUCUUCAUGGUUCUUCGAGCAGGCGAGUACAGACUUGGCGGGAUAUUCCAAGCAUGCGGGACGAAAAACAAUUGACGAAAGCGACGUCACAAUGCUCAUGAGAAGACAACGCCAUAUCAACAACUCGACAACCAUGUUUUCUUUGGCGCAAAAGUAUUUGCCCAAGGAGCUUCAGCAGGAUAUGAGGCUAGCUAUGCCUCCGUGA